GGCCAACCACAUGAAAGUGUGGCUUGUUGUGUACCAGAUAAACACCCGGCAGCUCAUGAAGCUCAAUCUUCACUUAUGUGAAAUACGGAACACAGACACUGACGGUAUUUUCAGAAAAUCGUUCCAUCACUUCAGAUGGCCAGUGCACAUAUUGAGAUGGAUGUUCAGCAUCAUGAGGAUUCUGCAGACGGCAGGCGUUCAGAUCACGAGCCGUUGGUGAAGUAUUAUCGCGCCAGUGAACCUCUGCCUGGAGUCAAACCUGUUCUGCACAACUUUCUGAGGAAGGGACCGGCGAGCUGGGCCGCUGUUCAGGCCUCCAGUGGAAUCUUGAGUGUGGGAAUAGGAGUCAUGUUUGCAGCGUCCUUUGACAUUAAUUUCUUUCUACUGACUUUAUUCAGAGUUCCCAUCGUUACUGGAAUACUGUUUAUUUUGACAGGAAUCAUGUCUAAUGUUCUGUACCGCCACCCAGAACUUCUACAAACGUGUUUCUUCGCCAAUAUUGUAUGUUUGAUUGUUUCUGUGGUUGGAAUGAUCCUGUUAUCUAUUGAUCUUGGUAUACACGUACCACAUAAAAUUCAGUACAAGAUGGAGGUCCUGGUGUUGUGUGUGACGCUGAUGGACACGAUCAUCGCUGCGGUUCUGAUUUUCCUCAUUCACAGAGAGAAACAGAAUCAGAAACAUUGAGCAUUGAUCUUCAAUCAUUCCCGUCAAUCAUUCAGCCGUUCCUGGAGAUAUCUGCAUCAUCUUCUGCGAUUUCUAAAUAAGCCCAACGCUCGCUCACGAACGAAGGUUUUCUGUCAGACCUUAAUAGAAUUAAAGAAGUAAAAAAGCAGAAGUGCUGUAUGUGUCACAGUAGAUGCUGGAACAACCAUGACCAAUUCCUCCUCUUAAGUUUUUUUCUGACUAAAUCUGCACAGAAAUUCUGUUCUGAGGUCAUCUAGAAGAACAUUUCAGCGUAAUGACUGAAGAACUGAAUAUGAGAACCAUUUACCAUUCAACCAAGAUUCUUAGGAAUAUCAAAAGCAUUGAUCAGUAAUAUUGAUAAAUAAAUUGUUUUUGUUGUGACUUGUGUUUACAAAAUGAGAAAUGUUGUGUUAAAUAGUGCCUGAGACCCAAUAUUUUCUACUUGCAGCUAUAUUUGUUUAAUAUCAAAAGCAUUGAUCAGUAAUAUUGAUCAAUAAAUUGUUUUUGUUCAGACUUGUGUUUACAAAACGAGAAAUGUUGUGUAAAACAGUGCCUGAGACCCAAUAUUUUCUGCUUGCAGCUAUAUUUGUUUUAUUAAACGUAGGUUUGUCCACUUGCAUAAUUUUUUCACUUUUGUAACGUUUUGCAUUGCACUGAAAUAAUGUCACAAGAAAUGUUUUUAUUUUAGUAUACAUCUGUUUCCUUACAGUAUUACUGUAUUGAGGACGCCUGAUAUAAAUGUCUUAAAUGUCAGAAUUCACAUGCAGUUUAUUUUUUUCAAUUGUCAAUAAAAACUGAAAUUUUCAACAAAAUUGUAAUCCUCAAUGGAUUUUAUUAGUAGUGCCAGAACUCAAAUCAUUGAACUAUUUGUACAAAUCAGAAAUACGGUGUAAAAACAACACAAGGAAUAAACUCACAACCAACGUCUCUGUACAUGUACAUGUCAAACAAACAUUAUUUAAAACGAUUUACAUCCAAGACCACCAGCUGCCGUGAGACGCUCACGAUUCAUAU